CGCGCCACUUUGGCCAAGGAAGCUGCUCUCCGUUUGGGCGGUUACACCCUCGAAGUGAUGUGGGAAUGCGACUGGGAUAUCCUGUGCGAACACGAUCCCGCCGUCAAACGAUUUGUGACCGAUUUUUCUUUGGUGGAACCCCUGCAACCGCGACAUGCGUUUUUUGGAGGAAGAACCGGGGCCGUGGCUCUUCACGCGGUGGCCUCGGAAGGGGAAGAAAUACGCUAUGUAGACGUGACCUCCCUUUACCCGUGGGUCAACAAGAAUGCCCGUUACGCCAUCGGACAUCCCACCAUUUUGACCCAACCUAGAGAUCACGACAUUGCCAACUACUUUGGCAUUGCCCUCGUGGAUAUUCUCGCCCCCGCCAAUCUGUUUCACCCGGUACUUCCAGUGCGAAGUGGCAACAAGUUGACCUUUCCCCUUUGUACGGCCUGUGUCAAGAGGGAACAAGCCAAUCCCAUGCUGUUGCGGACCGACAGUUGCUGCCACACCCCCGAGGAACGGAUGCUCCGUGGAACUUGGUGUACCCCAGAGAUUGAAAAGGCAGUGGAAAAAGGUUACAGAGUGGUACAAAUACAUGAAGUUUGGCAUUUCCCCCCUCAUCAGCAGCAGGAAGGUCUCUUUAGGGAAUAUGUCAACACGUGGCUGAAAUUGAAACAGGAGGUAGCUGGUUGGCCACGUUGGUGUGAUACCGAAGCCAAAAAACAACAGUACCUAACCCAGUACAAAGAAAAAGAAGCUAUUGACCUGGACUAUGGAAGCAUUCAGAAAAAUCCAGGGCGAAAGGCCACCGCCAAGCUGAUGCUCAACUCCGUCUGGGGAAAAUUCGGGGAACGUCAAAACAAGCCCAGGACCAUGACCAUCACGUCCCCUUUACAGUUGUUUCCACUCUUGUUUCACACCCACACAAAUCUGUCCACUCUUCGCAUUUGUACAGACGAUGUUUUGGAAGCUGUCAAUACAGAAUUAGAUGAAAAUGUCGUUCCCAGCAACAAAACGAACGUUUUCAUCGCGGCAUUUGUGACAGCCUGGGCGCGGUUACGUCUGUACGAAGCCUUGGACGUGCUGCAAGAACAAGUUCUCUAUUACGACACGGACUCUGUCAUCUACCGAUGGAAAGCGGGACAGCCCUCUAUUCCCAUUGGCGACUUUUUAGGAGAGAUGACAGACGAACUGGAAGGAGAUGUGAUUAUAGAAUUCGUAUUGGGCGGGGCCAAGAACUAUGGUUACAUUACCAGGAGCGGUAAAACCGAAUGUAAAGUUCGCGGCUUUACCUUAAACGUCAGAGGCAAAGAAGUGUUAAAUUUUAUCACCAUGAAAGCGAACAUUUUAGCGGAAAUCGAGGAUCCCCAGGAAGAGAGGCGUGUCAUUCGGGUUAACAACCCAAAUCAUUUCAAACGUGACACGACCUACAAGACCAUCAAAUUGGUCAACCAGGCCAAACAAUAUGGACUCGUUUUUGACAAACGUGUGAUAGAUCCGGAAACAAAAAUCAGUUAUCCUUUUGGAUACAGAGUAUGGUCAGAGUGCGAUCAAGAAAAUGUGGACAUUUUAUUAGAUUUGUAA